ACUUCACCAUUUAAGUGAACCUUUGCUCUGUCAAAGUCCAAUACAGACUUGUGCAUGGCUUGAUAACACUUUUGAAAAAAGAUGUAAGCACCUCCUUUAGGCUGGGACAUCAACGGGAAAGGAACAGGAGAAUAAUGGCUGGGGCAAAACCUCGAGUGAUUGCACUUUCCAAGCGUGAGGGCCAGACCUAUGGCUUUUUCUUGAGGGCUGAGGAGGGGGUAGAAGGUCAUUUGGUUCGGGCCUUGGAAAUGGGUGGUCCUGCUGAGCUAGUAGGUCUGAAGGAUGGAGAUCGCAUUAUCAGAGUCAAUGGAAUCUUUGUGGAUAACCUGGAACACAAUCAGGUUGCAGAUCUGGUUAGGAAAAGUGGAUUAACUGUCACAUUUCAUGUGCUGGGAGAUGAAGCAUACCGACAUGCCAAAAGCAAUGGCAUAAACCUUGCAGAACCACAGUUGCCUUCUGCUCAGAGUCAGCCCACCAUGAACGGAGUCUCUGCACCAGGCCCUAAACUCAAACUCUGCUUUCUACAGAAGUCCAGCAGUGGAUUUGGUUUCUCUCUCAAGUCCUCUAAAGGUGAAGAAGGAAUAUUUAUGACUGAUGUGAUUGCGGGAGGCAUCGCUGAUAAUGCAGGGGUUAAGACAGAUGAUCGUGUGGUGGAGAUCAAUGGAGAAAAUGUAGAACGUGCUACACACGAUCAAACAGUGGUAAAGGUCAAAGCUGCUGGAAACAGUGUGAUGUUAUUACUUGUGGAUGACGACACAGACAAAUACUACAAGAAUAAAGGCAUCACACUGGGAACUGGACUGGCCACAACAAAGUACUUACCACUGAAGCCUCGCAUAGCUGAAAUCACCAGAGGGGCUGAGGGUUAUGGCUUCUUCCUCAAGGCAGACCCUAAAACUCCAGGUCAUUUUAUUGGAGAAAUCGACCGUGGGAGUCCUGCAGAAAAAGGGGGGCUGAAAGAGACGGACCAGCUGGUGGCUGUGGAAGGAGAGGAGAUUAUUCGGUGCACCCAUGAUCAAGUGGUGGAUAAAAUACGUCAGUGCGGAAAUCAAUGCUGCCUCCUGGUGGUUGAUGCUGAAACAGACAAGAUGUACAAGAUGGGUGGAGUAUCUCCUUUACUUUACUGGGAGGAAACAAGGAGUUCACUGCCUCAGACGAGCAAUCCUGAGCCUGAACAUGUCAAUGUCACCCCAGUCCCAGCCAUACCUGAAGCUGCAGAGGAAAUAUAUAAACCCAAAUUGUGCCGCAUGGAAAAGACCGCUGCUGGGUAUGGCUUCCACCUCAAUGGUAUCCAAGGAGUGUGUGGACAAUACAUCAAAGAGGUGGUGAAAGGCGGAGCAGCAGACAGAGCCGGGCUAGAGGAUGAUGACAUUGUGGUGGAGGUCAAUGGGGUGAACGUAGAACAAAGCACACACGAUGAGGCUGUGAAUCUGAUCCGCAGCAGCAGUGACACAUUGGUCCUGCUUGUAGCAGGGAAAGCUGCCUAUGAUCACCUGAAAGCUAAGGGAAUUGCAAUUACCCCCAAACUGCUGGAUACAGAGAACACACCAGUCGAGCCUCGUGAAAGGACACCCUCCGUUUCAUCUACAUCAUCAUCAGACAGUGAUGACGUGAGGCUCUGAGAAAGACAUUUUUCAGUUGCUGGGUUUUAUUUAUAUGGCAGCACAUUGAGUUGCACAAAGAAAUUAAAAGCUUUUAAUAUGAGCAGUUAAUAAUUUGCUGGAAAGUAAAAAGAAACUGAGGCAGUUAUACUAUAUUAGCAGUUUUCUAACAAAUAAAACCCAGGUAAAUCUUUCAAAUAUAACUUAAGUAUAUUAUCCAGCCAGUGAAUAAUUGGUAAAUUCCACCUAAACUACCUAUUUAUAACAUAAAAAAUACAUGGGAUGAAAUUUACCCAGAUAAAUUGAAUGCAGAUUGUUACCUUACUAGAUUCUACUGCUUUGUUUUUAGUUCAUGCAUUUUUGCAUACAUGCAUGAUUUGAGGCAGAAAACACAAAUCUCACAUGUGAACAAAAGAAAAAAAUUGUCUUAAAUCAUGCCAUGGUGAUGUGCGUUGAUUGUGUAAGAUCCUGUGAUGCCUUUCAUAUGCAAACUUAUGCUCUUCGCACCAUAAUGCUGUUUGUACUGGUAGAUACUCCGUACCAUUUAACCUUUUUGCACCUGUUUAUCUCUGCUUCAGUGCACUCAAAAACAUUCCCAAGUUAAUAUUUAGAACCUAGAUGUUCAGCAGAGAGCUAUAUAAGCUUCACUCUGCUUAAGAUAUUGUAUGAAGUAAAAAAAAUAUGUUCUCUGUAAUAAAUUAAAAAUAAAUAAAUAUAUAAAUAAAAAA